AUGUGGCUGGAGAAUAAUAAAGAUUCUCAAUCGAUUACAGACCCCUUGUCGCGAGCUAUGGAACUUUUUCGAAAUAUUAAUUCUGAUGCCACGAUACCUCCCUACGAACAGGGAAUGAUUGAUCUUGGACAUAGCUGGCAUAUGAAAGAACCACAAAGAGAUCUAGAUGAGAAUUUAAUCGGCAUGUAUUCGCCACAGUCUCUACCCCCUAGCAUUGCUGCAUUAUUGUCAGUCAACCACGAUUUGAGAAUGCUCGUGGACAAGACAUACUCCUUUGCAUGUGGAAUCGCAGAGCCAAUGGUGUUCUUUAAUUUUGAGCUGGAUACUCUCUUUCUUAGUCAUAAAGAUAUGCACAUUGCUUCUAAUAAACUGGGUUUCUGCAAUUCACUGUUUAGCGGGCUAGAUGGUGGGAGACGAAAAGAUUGGGAAAAGGUCAAAUUCCUAGCCAUAGAAGUCAUGGUUGGCGAUUUUUGUGGAUUGCUCCGAGAAAACAAAUAUGACAUCGAUUGUUUCUUGUUCAUAUCCAUCAUUUUCUGUUAUUUUACUAGUUUGAAGGAAUUGACCUUGCCUGUCCGUCCUCAUGACGCAUUCACAUUCCUGAAAUGGGUAUGUGUUGAAGACUUACAAGACUUCGAAAAUUGCGAUCUUGACCCUCCUAGACAUGUGUACUACCAUGUGAUUAAACGGCUACUUUCACAUAUUUCGAGUUUUGCGAGACAUAUAGAAAAGCUUACAGAAGCCCCUUUUCACGUUCCGGAGGUCGAAUCAAUGUUCCAAAAGACGAUUCUCGGACCUGGCUGGCAGAGAAAAUUGGAGGGUGCACGCCAAAAUGGCCUCAGAUUAUGA